AUGGCGACGGCAUCGACACCGACGGCCUCGCUGCUCUCGCUGCUGCACCGCUCAUACCCGCAGGCCGUCCCGCUGCAGGCCACGGAGGUCAACCUGCACACCCUCACGCCGCUCAUCUUCCCCACGGUGCUGUACUCUGACGCCGAGCGAGCAGAGAUCGAGUCAUGGCUGGGCGAUGUCAGGAAGCUGUCAGACAGCCUGAAGGAGGGCGCAGAUGCUGAGAAACUGGGGCUGGGAGAGCAGCUGAAGAAGCUGAACGCACAUCUGGCUAUGCGGACUACAAUGCUGGGCGUGAAGCCGUCUGUGCUGGACGUGGCGCUGUAUGCAGCUCUGGCUCCCGUGGUGGAGAAGUGGACUGCUGAGCAGCGGACGGGGGAGGACGGGUACCAUCAUAUUGUGCGGCAUGUGGACUUUGUGCAGAACGCAGAGCUGUUUGGACUGGAGAUACCGGCCGAGGAGAAGGUUGCUAUUGACCUGGAUAAUGUGAUUGCGGUGCCCAAGGACGACAAGAAGGCUAAGAAGAAGGCUGAGGCUACUGUUGUGGUUGGAAAGGGGAAGCCGGAAGAUGCUGCUACUAAGGGUGAAGCUGGCGCUGCUGGAGGUGAAGCAGCAGGAGAGAACAAGGCAAAGAAGGAAAAGAAGGAGAAGCAGCCUCGACAGAAGCCCGCUCCCGCGCCGGCAGCACCCAUGUCGCCCUGCGUCAUCGACCUGCGUGUCGGCCAUAUUCUACGAGCCAUCAACCACCCCAACGCAGACUCGCUUUACGUCUCGACGAUAGCCUGCGGAGACGCUCCCGGCAGCGACAACACGCAGCUCGACGAAGAAACGGGACUGACUGUCCGAACCGUCUGCUCCGGCCUGAACGGUCUGGUUCCCCUGGAGGAUAUGCAGGGCCGCAAAGUGGUGACGGUCUGCAACCUGAAGCCGGUGACGAUGCGAGGAAUCAAGUCUGCGGCCAUGGUGCUGGCAGCUUCACCACGCAACGACGACUCGCAUGCCGGCCCCGUCGAGCUGGUCAACCCGCCCGAGGGCGCAGAGGCAGGUGAGCGAGUGUACUUUGACGGCUGGGACGAAGCGGAGCCGGAGAAGCAGCUGAACCCGAAGAAGAAGAUGUGGGAGACCUUCCAGCCGGGCUUCACGACGACGGACGGGCUGGAGGUUGUGUUUGAGAGCGCGGCGGUGCCUCAGGUGAGCGAGGCUGCUGGCUCGAAGCCGGCCAUGGGCAGGCUGAUGGUCAAGUCUGGUGGAGUCUGUACCGUCAAGAGCCUUGCUGGAGCUACUGUCAGGAGAGCAACCAUCACCGCUAUCAUCUCUUACACGGCUCUCAUGGGAGCACUACGUACCACCGGCUACCCGCCGUCUGCCUUUUUUCCACUCGUAUUCUCUGUUGAUCUCGAUCCUGGCAGAGGCAUGAAGAUCGCCGGCCACGGUGUCUUUUUGCUUCAUAUCCAGCAUAACACCGCAGCAGCAGAUACUGAAUCAACGUCUUAUAUCUACCACAAGCUACUCCGUACAACGAGGCCUCUAGCACCGACCGAAGAGCAGAAGAAGAGACGAAGACGCCGUCUAUCUGUCUCACUCGCUUGUCUGGCCAAAUAUUGGACGUUAAAGCGCCUUGUAUUGGCCGCUGCUGGCACUUCUGAGGGCUGCGGCUUGCUGACUCCUUUUAUCAAGGCCGCUGCCGCUGCUGAUGCUGCUCGCGGCGACAUGAACAGGCAUUCGGCCUUUUCCAAUGGCUAUACCGCUGCCCCCAAGCGGGAGAGCGAUGAAGACGGAGACAGAGAGAUGAAGAAGAUAGCUGACUGGCAAAGAUUCCAACCUCGCUCGCAGCCUGCUCUUCGCCGCCGCCGGGCCCUGCUGCAGCGUCUCGUCGUCGGCGGCCUGCUCUCGAUCGGCCUGCUGCUCUUCCUCUUCCCUUCAUGGCGCCCGUCGCUGCUGGGAGCAGCCUCGCUCGGCCUCUUCGCCGCCUCAGACGACUUCCAGCUCGAGACCGUCCGCUACUACGACCUGUCGAACGUCGAGGGGACGCCCAGGGGGUGGGAGCGCGAGGAGCGAGUCCUGCUGUGCACCCCCCUACGAGACGCCGCGCCUCACCUGCCCAUGUUCUUCUCGCAUCUGCGCAACUUCACCUACCCUCACCACCUCAUUGACCUGGCCUUCCUGGUCUCGGACUCGAAGGACGACACCUCGGGCCUGCUGACGAAGCUGCUGGAGGAGCUGCAGAACGACCCGGACCCGCGGCAGCCGUACGGCGAGAUCUCGGUCAUCGAGAAGGACUUUGGCCAGAAGGUCAACCAGGACGUCGAGAGCAGACACGGCUUUGCGGCCCAGGCCUCGAGACGGAAGCUCAUGGCCCAGGCGAGGAACUGGCUGCUGAGUGCCACGCUGCGCCCGACGCAUAGCUGGGUCUACUGGCGAGACGCUGACGUUGAAACCGCCCCGUUUACCAUCCUCGAGGACCUCAUGCGGCAUAACAAGGACGUCAUCGUCCCUAGUGUAGAUGUCUGGAGACCGCUGCCAGACUGGCUGGGUGGAGAGCAGCCGUACGAUCUGAACUCGUGGCAGGAGUCCGAGACCGCUCUGGCUCUAGCUGAUACACUCGAUGAAGACGCCGUCAUUGUCGAGGGAUACGCCGAGUACGCUACCUGGAGACCUCAUCUGGCCUACCUGCGAGACCCCUUUGGCGACCCGGACAUGGAGAUGGAGAUCGACGGAGUCGGCGGUGUCAGUAUCCUGGCCAAGGCAAAGGUCUUCCGGGCGGGAGUCCAUUUCCCUGCCUUUUCCUUUGAGAAGCACGCCGAAACAGAGGCCUUUGGAAAGAUGUCGAAACGCAUGAAAUUCUCCGUCGUCGGCCUGCCGCACUACACGAUCUGGCAUCUGUACGAGCCCAGCGUCGAUGACCUGCGCCACAUGAAGGAGAUGGAGCGAGAACGCAAGCAGCGAGAGGCGGAAGAGAAGGAGAAGAAGGAGAAGGCGAAGAAGAUCAAGGAGCAGUUCAAGGACUCCAGCGUCGAGUCUGAGAAGGACAGUGCUGCCGUACACGACAUCAUGCAAAAGGACAAGACUCAGCAGCAACUGAAGGAGAAAGAGAAGAAGCAGCAGCAGCAGAAAGACAAGGCCUCGAAGCAGUCGAACGAUGGCUCAGAAAAUGCAGACAAGACAGACAAGACAGACAAAACCGACAAAACCGAGAAAACAGACAAGAUCGACAAGACGGACAGCAAGAAAGAGGUCAAGAAAGAGGUCAAGAAUGAAGUCAAGAAUGAAGUCAGGAAAGACGUGAAAGAGGUCAAGGACGAGGCUAAAGAAGUAGCUGGCAAACCGGACGACAAGGCGCAGGUUCAACGGUCCAACGACCAAAAGACAUCAGACAAGCAGAAGCAGAAGCCCAGAGACAAGGCCAGAGAAGCGUCGAGAGGCGAGCAGAAGGCCGAAUGA